AUGGUUUCAGCUGACACUGUUUACUUGCCAGUUAGUGUGGAUUUACCUCAAGAGGCAAAUCAUUCUCAUGAAAAGGCGAAGAUGACAAACGUAACGAGGAAGUGGGAAUUGUUUCCCGGGAGAAAUAAAUUUUGCUGUGAUGGAAGGAUCAUGAUGGCCCCACAAACUAGUGUUUUCUUUGUUACUGUCGGUCUAAUAGUGGGCACCUGUAGCUUAUUUUUUGCUUUUGAUUGCCCAUUUCUAGCUGUGAGAAUAACUCCUGCAAUACCAGUGGUCGGUGCUGUGUUAUUUGUUUUUGUUAUGUCAUCUUUGUUGAGGACUAGUUUUAGUGAUCCAGGAAUAAUUCCUAGAGCUACACCAGAUGAAGCAGCCUAUAUUGAAAAGCAAAUUGAGGUCCCCAACAGCACAAAUUCACCAACAUAUAGGCCUCCUCCAAGAACUAAAGAAAUAACAAUUAGGGGACAAACUGUUAAAUUAAAGUAUUGUUUUACUUGCAAAAUAUUUAGACCUCCAAGGGCAUCUCAUUGUAGCUUAUGUGAUAACUGCGUUGAAAGGUUUGAUCAUCACUGCCCUUGGGUAGGGAAUUGUGUCGGAAAACGAAACUAUAGGUAUUUUUAUAUGUUUAUUGUGUCAUUAGCAUUUCUAUGUGUUUUCAUCCUAGCUGGAGCUGUUACACAUAUAAUAUUAUUGGCCAAAGAGGACAGGCCUUAUUUUGAGGCGGUUAAAGAAUCACCUGCUAGUGUUAUAGUAGCGCUCGUCUGUUUCUUCAGUGUCUGGAGUGUGAUGGGCCUUGCUGGCUUUCAUACGUAUUUAACAACUUCUAACCAGACAACAAAUGAAGAUAUCAAAGGGUCGUUUUCUUCUAAAAGAGGGCAAGCAAGCUACAAUCCAUACAGCAGAGGGAAUAUUUGUUCUAAUUGUUGCCACAUACUCUGUGGUCCAUCACCACCUAGUCUUAUUGAUAGACGAGGAAUGGUUCCUCCUGAAGUUUGGGAAAGUCUCGCAAAAGAAAGUACUGUUAUCUCAAAUAACCGGACUUACGGUGCUGUUCCUCAUCCUCCACAACCACAGGUCAAUGGCCUACCAAACCAACCAGAUCCAAAACAAGCAAUGCCUAGUGACAUCAGGUGCCAGAGUAGCCCUCAGCAAGUCGCUGGAGCUGUGCUCUGCCAGCCGUCGGCUCAAGAGCCCGGUUGUGUUAGGCCUUCCGUAGAAUCUCCACAAGAGAUUUUGUUGACCCCAACAGACUUCAUAAAGAACAGGCCCAGUGAUUUGCGAGACGCAGAACUGGACCUGGAUGAAGUGACUAAUGCGGUGGCCAAUCUUUCAGCCAGUCGCCUGAGGUUGCUCCAAGACACGACCAUGAUAGAGUCUGCCUUGGAUUUGGAUUCUCUCGAGGAGUCCGUUUCUUCCAUUGACACAGGUAGUCAGGCAGGUCUUCUAAAACCAAAAGAAUUUCCUUAG